AUGUCGGCGAAGCUGCUUCCAGUAGGCGAUGUGGUAACCCGACUGAACCUGCAGCCGCACCCCGAGGGAGGGUUUUACGCGGAGACGUUCCGCGACACGCGCGUUCAGUUAUCCCUGGAAAACCUUCCUCCGGGCGAAGGAUUCAAGGUGGCAAGGCCGGUCAGCACCUGCAUUUAUUUUCUUCUGCCCACGGGCAGCGUGUCUCACCUCCAUCGCAUGCCCUCCUCUGAAAUCUUCCACCACUACGCCGGCGAUCCACUCACGAUUGUGGAGAUUGAAGACGAUGGGUCGAUCCGCAAGACCACCAUCGGCCCAGACCUAGCAGCCGGCCAAUCCUUUCAUCACAUCAUCAAACCCAGCGUCUGGUUCGGGGCGUUCCCCACCCUUGAUUUCGAUGCUGCGCUGAAUCGAACGGCUCGAGAUGCGGGUUCAGCAGAUACACAGUACAGUCUGGUUGGAUGCACUGUAGCUCCUGCUUUUGAGUUUGCAGAUUUCGAGUUGGCUAAUAGAGCGGAUCUGGUGGCCAAGUUUCCCCAUUUAGCCGAUAUUAUCAAUGUAUUAACCAGUCCAUAG